AUGGCGACGCGAGUCCUUGGGAGAGCGCGCAGGGGCUUGGCUCAGGCUCAGACCAGGACCCGUUUGACAGGACAGCUUAUCGUCUGGUGCAGGAAAGAUGCUCACUCUACUCUUUUGACUAAAAAUGAACAAAGUAACCUUUACAAAAUCCAGUUCCAUAAUGUAAAACCUGAGUGCUUGGAUGACUACAAUAAACUCUGUGAAGAGGUUUUGCCAUCAAUCCAUGCUGACAAAUAUUACCCUUGUGAGCUGGUGGGCACCUGGAAUACCUGGUAUGGAGAACAAGACCAGGCUGUGCACCUGUGGCGAUACAGGGGUGGCUAUCCAGCUCUCACAGAGGUGAUGAACAAACUGAAACAAAACAAGGAGUUUACAGCCUACAGGAAAGAACGAGGGAAGAUGCUGUUGUCCCGCAGAAAUCAGCUUCUUUUGGAAUUCAGUUUCUGGAAUGAACCAACUCCACGGGAAGGUCCCAACAUUUAUGAGCUGAGGUCCUACCAACUCAGGCCAGGAACCAUGAUCGAGUGGGGUAACUACUGGGCGAGAGCUAUUGGAAUUCGUCAAAACAACAGUGAAGCUGUUGCAGGGUUUUUCUCACAGAUAGGAAAUCUUUAUAUGGUGCACCACCUAUGGGCUUACAAAGACCUCCAAUCCAGAGAUAUCACAAGAAAUGCUGCGUGGCAGCAGGAGGGCUGGGAUGAAGUUGUGUAUUACACAGUUCCUCUUAUUCAGCACAUGGACUCAAGAAUAAUGAUCCCUACAAAAGCUUCUCCACUGCAGUAA